CACAUUUUUCAUUCAUUUUCAGAAUUCUCAAUUCACAUCAAACACAACACAGCAGAACAAUGUCGCUGAUUCCAAGUUUCUUUGGUGGCCGAAGGAGCAACACUUUUGAUCCAUUUUCCCUUGACGUUUGGGACCCCUUCAAGGAUUUUCCUUUAACCAAUUCUGCACUUUCUGCUUCUUCAUUCCCUCAGGAGAAUUCUGCUUUUGCGAGCACCAGGAUCGAUUGGAAGGAGACCCCAGAAGCACAUGUGUUCAAGGCUGAUCUUCCUGGACUGAAGAAGGAAGAAGUGAAGGUUGAAAUUGAAGAUGAUAGGGUUCUUCAGAUAAGCGGUGAGAGGAACGUUGAAAAAGAAGAUAAGAAUGAUCAAUGGCAUCGUGUGGAGCGUAGCAGUGGAAAAUUCAUGAGGAGGUUUAGAUUACCAGAGAAUGCGAAAAUGGAUCAAGUGAAAGCUGCAAUGGAGAAUGGUAUUCUCACUGUCACUGUCCCUAAGGAAGAAGUUAAGAAGCCUCAAGUGAAGACCAUUGAUAUCUCUGGUUAAACUCGGAACAAAUUUAGUUACUCUGUUGUUUCAGCUCUGUACUUAGACCAAGUCUCGUCUGUAAUGUUUACCUUUUGUGUGAUGUUUGCUUGUGCAAGAGACAUGAUGAUGUAUGUGCAAUGUUAAUGCCUAAAUAAAUAAGUAAAUCGCUUUAAAUA